CUCUACACGGUAAUGAAAACUGAUAGAUAAGAUGCGUACAAUAUGCUAAACGUAAUAACCUCAAUCGUAUACAGCUUUCAACGCAUAAAAUAUUUGAUGGUAUAUUUUGAUGUGUAACAUGAAACAUCAGGACAGAUUAUAAUACAUAUAUUUUGUAUAUUAAAAUACCCACGCCUACCACAUUUCCAAUCUCUGAAACUAGGAAAUAUAAUACACAUGUCUAUUAAAAAAUGUGUAUAGUGCAAAUUUAAUCAAAAUGGCUGGAGAUUUUUUUGCAGAAUCGUACAAUGUUGUCUUAUUUGUCAGUGUACUUGGAACAUUAACAAUUAUGAUGUCAGGAUGCUACGUAUAUCACAAGUGGCAACACAUAAAAUCCAAAAAUUUGUCUGAUAUUAUCGUUAGUUCUAAACCCAAAAAACGGCUGAAACGCUUUCUUCGUCGGGCAAGCAGUUCGGUGAGCACAAAGGAAAGGACUUCCGACCUUCGCCAAAUGAAAUUGGAAGCCGAAGGAAAUUUUACCACUCAGGUUACCAUUCCCGAUGAAGAGUUUAUAAAUCAUAUUCACAUGACAAACUUGGACGACGAUGUUUUUGACGAUGUCUUUGACGGAGUUGAAUGCCAGCCCUCCAACAAAGCCGACCAGGCACCACAAUGCUUGGCAGCGAAUGGUGAAAGCUUGGUGGAAAAAGAAAGUGUUCCUUCAUCCAAAUAUUGUUCGACUAACUUAUAGUAAAAUAGUCUCUAACCAUGUUUAUUUAAUAGUUUUGUAUGACAUAUGAAAUGUGUGUAUAAAUUCGUAAAUAAAUUAUAAAAUCCUACAAUCAUCAAGUAAAA